AUGUGCCACACCAGCUGCUCCUCCGGCUGCUCCCCCAGCUGCCAGCCCAUGCUGUGCCUGCCCUCCUGCCAGUCCUCAGGGUGCUGCCCACCCUGUGGCCCCACCAUGCUCUGCAAGCCUGUGUCCUGCGGGCCCCCUCCCUGCUGCAUGCCCACGAGCUGCCAGUCCAUGCUAUGCCUGGCACCCUCCUGCCAGUCAUCCUCAGGUUGCUGCCCACCCUGUGGCCCCACCCUGCUCUGCAAGCCCGUAUCCUGCGGGCCCCCGUCCUGCUGUGUGUCUGUGAGCUGCCAGCCCAUGAUGGUCAUGGUGCCCUCCUGCCAGUCGUCCUCGGGGUGCUGCCCGCCCUGUGGCCCCACCCUGCUCUGCAAGCCCGUGUCCUGUGGACCCCCGCCUUGCUGUGCACCCGAAGACUCCCUGGGUGGCCUUGAGGGUCUGCCCAUGGAACUGGAAAGUCUGUUCUGCAUAGGGAUAGUCCCCAGUGCCCCUGGACACCUCCUGGGGAGCCUUGGCAUCAGGACUCCGCUCUGUCUCCAGUGA